CUUGGGGGCGGGGGCUUUUGAGAGCAGCAAAAGUGUGACGUCAUAUUUGUUAUGGAAGAACGAAGCAGUGACUCCGGCGGCGGAAGAAUGGAGCAAAACAUCGAAGAUUACAAGCUGAUAUUUGAGAAGGAGGGAGUUUACCUCCACACAAAUGCCAAGAGGAGCAACCAGGACACUACCAUCCCAGGGUUCAUCCGCGUUGUGGAGCGGGCUGGGGUGCCAGCUCUAGAGUGGAGCCCACUAGAGGAUGAGGGGCGCUGUGCCCCCGCUGUACUCUACUCCAAAAAGGACGGAGAAGGAGGGGAGGAGGAUACACACUUUGACCCUGGUUAUGAGCCGGACUGGGCUGUUAUCAGCACUGUGAAGAAAGAUCGAGAACAUGUCCCAGUCAAAGAGUCAGAUCAGUGGUCAUUCUCUCUGCCUCUGUCAGAGCUCUACUCUCUUCGGAGGGCCCGCUUCUCUUUGGGUCGCAACUUUCUGGUGUUGACGAGUAGAGGGGGGCACCCGCUGCCUGCUCUACACUUCCACAGGGGAGGAACCAGAGAACUUCUUCGGGCCCUGCAUCAUUACAUCAUCCUGGACCCGUCACCAGUCGAUGGGCGACUCUACCUUGCUUACCCGCAUGAGUCAGGUGCACUCUCUCACUCUUUUGAUCGGCUGCACCUCCUUGAUGACGGCUCGGAUCUUGUUUCGAGAUUCAUCCAGGACCCCUAUGCCACAACAUUUGGUGGUUUCUCCAAAGUCACCAAUUUCUUCAAGGCGGCCCUCCGGCCUCCAGAUUCCCCCGUCCACUUGCGCACUGCUCAGGAUCCAAACCUGCCCCCCCAGUCUGAUGACGAGCCUGGAUUUGAACUCAUCAACUGUGGGGUAGAGCUCGGUCCCAGACCAGACGUAACCAGGGGACAACCUCUGGACAAAUGGGAGGAGUUUCUGGACCCUGAGGGCCGCGUGAGGAACCCAGAAAAAAUCAAAGAGCUGGUGUUCAGGGGGGGCAUCAAGCCAUCACUAAGGAGAGAGAUCUGGAAGUUCCUCCUGGGUUUUUAUCCAUGGAACAGCACUACUAAAGAACGGGAAGACAUUCUGCGGUUUAAAACGGAUGAGUAUUUCAGAAUGAAAGUGCAGUGGAAGUCCGUCACUGAAGAGCAGGAGAUGAGGAACUCCCUCCUCAGAGGCUACAGAAGCCUGAUAGAGAGAGAUGUCAGCAGGACAGACAGACACAAUACGUUCUUUUCCGGGAACGACAAUCCAGGACUGACCCUGCUCCACGAUGUGCUGAUGACGUACUGCAUGUUCAACUUUGAUCUCGGUUACGUCCAGGGGAUGAGUGAUCUCCUCUCUCCUCUCCUGUUCAUCACCCAGAAUGAGGUGGAAUCCUUCUGGUGUCUGACGGGCUUCAUGGAGCUGGUGCACCAGAACUUUGAAGAGUCUCAGGAGGCCAUGAAGCAGCAGCUCCUUAAGCUCAGUAUCCUGUUGAAGGCUCUAGACCCAGAGCUGUGCGACUUCCUGGACUCUCAGGACAGCGGCUCACUUUGCUUCUGUUUCCGCUGGCUGCUCAUCUGGUUCAAGAGAGAGUUUUCCUUCGAGGACAUCCUCACUCUGUGGGAGGUCCAGUGGACUGGUCUUCCAUGUGACAACUUCCACCUGCUGAUAGCCUGUUCGAUCCUCUCGUCCCAGAGAGGAGAGCUGAUUGGCUCAGAUCAUGACUUCAACACUAUUCUGAAGCACAUUAAUGAGCUGACGAUGAAGUUGGAUCUGCAGACUGUUCUACGUGGAGCGGAGGCCAUUUAUCUGCAGUUUAUUCAGUGCAAGGAGCUUCCCCUCAAGGUGCAGAGGGUUCUCGGCCUCCACGUUCCCCCCAGCUCUGACGAGGACAGCCCGGACUCACAGGCCGGCGAGGCACAACGCCUCCUCAGCCAAUCCCAGGCCGGAGCUUCCUCCUCUAAUUCAGCACGUGGUCGCCCUUAUCCUUAAAUCUGAAAGUCAGCUGAUGGACUGACGCUCACUAAACGAUGAAUGAAAGAUAUUUAUAUGUGGAAAAACAGAAUCUAUAUAUAUACAUUGUGAUCCAAUGAGAAGGAAGACUGUUGUUACUGUUUGUCAGGGGCAGGGGGUGCUGUUGAAGUGUUUUUCUUUUAAUGUACCCCUGAAUUUUUCAGUCCAAGAUAUUUAAACACUAUGUUCGUACUCUUCUUUUUCUUCUUUUUUUUUACCCGGACAGCUCGUCACUUCACAUCCUCCUGAGUUUCUGUCAUCUCUCUUUUCUCUCCGUCCUCUGUUGGAUGCUGCUGUUUUACCUUUUCCCCAAGUUAUUUAACAGCUGUUUUCAUCCCCACCUGUCACUACAGUGUACUCUCUUUGUUGAGUCUGGUUUAGAUUUCCCUCCUGUUCCCUUGCCACUGUUCCUGAAAAGGGAAGAUAUUGAAGUAUAAACUGACUGCCAGCACCUUGUCAGUACAGUAUGAUGCCAUUCCAGCCCUAUGCAAAGUUUUUGCAUGCCUUAUAGUUUUCACAUGCGGCGUGGUAAUAUUUUAAGCCUUGUAAUUACCUGUAUAACGUUUUCAUCCGCUGAUUAUUACCAAAUAAAUGGUUGAAUCAUA